UGUAUCAUGAUUCAACCAUACUGGUUCAAAAUGGACAAAAAAGCUUUGGAAAAACCCAUGUCCUACUCAACUUAAGCAUGAAAGUUCGAAAAGGGACAAUUUAUGGGUUGAUUGGAUCAUCUGGAUGCGGCAUGUUGAUUUGCUUUUCGUGCUAGAGUGUACAUUGUAAUGUUGUUCUUUGUAUUUGUUUUGUUUUUUCUAAUUAUUCAGGCAAAACCACUCUACUGGCAUGUAUCGUCGGACUGCGAAAGUUGACUAAAGGCAAAAUUUAUGUUUGCGGAAAGAAGCCCGGAGAAAAAGGUUCUGGUUUGCCUGGUAGACUUGUCGGAUAUAUGCCACAGGAAGUAGCGCUUAACGGUGAAUUUACAAUUCGGGAGGUAUGUCACUACUUUGGUAGAAUAUACGGCAUGGAAAAGAAUUUUAUUGAUGAUAGAAUUGAAAAACUACUCAAACUUCUCGAUCUUAAGAAUUCUAAUCAGUACAUCAAUACCCUGAGUGGUGGUCAACAGCGUCGAGCCUCAUUCAUUGUUGCCUUACUUCAUGAACCGUCUAUCCUAAUUCUUGAUGAGCCUACAGUCGGUGUUGAUCCAGUGCUUCGGGCAAGCAUUUGGCAGCAUCUUCGAGAUAUUGUUGAUACAUACGGAACAACUGCGAUAAUAACGACACAUUAUAUCGAAGAAAUGAGACAAGCCAAUACGAUUGGCAUUAUGCGAAACGGCGUAAUGAUGACAGAGGAAUCACCUGCAAGGCUACUUGAAAUCAAUAAUGCUAAUAUGCUUGAAGAUGUGGUCCUGAAAUAUUGUCUGAAAGAUGAAGUACCACAAAUAGAAUGUGGUCCUGAGACCGCAGAAACAUUCAAUCCUGCCAUGUACAAACAAGAUGAAAACACAAAGAGUAGUCAAACGCGUUCAAUUCACAGAAUCGGCGCUCUUACAAUAAAAAAUUUGAUCGUCCUGAUGAGGAACAUAGGAUUUUUGCUGUUUACAUUCGGCUCACCGGCACUAAUUGUGUCAAUUUUUUGCUUUGCAAUCGGUUCGUCACCAAAGGACCUUGGAAUGGGCGUAAUAAAUAAUGAGCUCGUCGAUUGCAAAAAUUUUACCGAAAUAACAUCUUGUGAACCAAUUCAACUCAGCUGUGCGUUUCUAAAUAAACUUGCAUCAGAUCGAAAAAUCAAAUUGAUUACAGUUGAAAAUGUGGAUCAUGCUCUACAAAAAGUCGAUCGAAGGAAAAUUUGGGGAUACAUUAAGAUUCCUCCAAAUUUCUCUCAAAAUAUCUUUGACAGAACUCUCGGAAGGUCCACAUCAAACACCACAAUCUUUGGAUCGCAGAUCGAUGUCAGAUUAGACAUGGCGAGCAUCAGUAUUGGCCUUUCAAUAAAAAAAUUUAUCUUCGAUGCCUACCAAUCAUUUACCAUCAAUCUUUUAUCGAAAUGCGGUGUAAAGGCGACGGGAUUGGACACUCCAGUUUUUUUUGAAGAUCCCAUUUAUGGCUCUGAAGAUUCUGAAUUUACAUAUUUUGUUGCACCCGGUGUAACCACGGGAUUUUUAUUUUUCAUGAGCGCGCUAACAUGUGGACUAGCUUAUAUCAUUGAAAAGAAGGAUGGCAUGUUACAUCGGAGUUUAAUUGCCGGUGUCACAACGAUGGAAAUUAUGGUGUCCCAUUUUAUUCCGCAAUUUGCAGUUGUCAUCGGGCAAGCAGUUCUUGCAUUUGUUAUAAUGUUUGUUGUAUUUGAAAUUCCACAAACUGGAUCACCGGUGCUUGCAUUCUUUCUUGUCUUACUCUCUUCGGUUUGUGGUAUGGCAAUGGGAUUCAUGGCGUCUACAUUAUUCGACGAAGAGAAGAGUGCUAUGCUGAUGGCGAUAGCUCUCAUUUUUCCAAAUUUCCUAUUAGCUGGAUUAAUUUGGCCAAUUGAAAGCCUACCGGGUACAAUGCAAAAAAUUAGCUUAUUCCUGCCAGGAACGUUGGCUUGUGAAAGUAUCCGAGCAAUACUGUUACGUGGCUGGGGAUUCUCGUAUUUUACGGUGUGGGUUGGUUUUGUAUCAACCAGUGGAUGGAUAAGUGUUUAUGUCAUUGCUACGUACAUCAUUUACAACAUCAGGAAAUAGAACAGUUCGUGCUUUUAAGAGGCGCUGAUAAACUUUAACGCUGAUAGAAGCGACAAGAUUAACCUCUGGCUAGUGCACUCUUAUGUAGGGUGAACAAUAUUGAAGUGAUAGACUCAACACAAUUGAAGUAGCAGAUUUAAUGAUUUUGUUAUGAUACGUUUGCCGUAUCUAAACGAUUUUAAAUUCUUGCAACACUUACAGUCCCAAUGUACACAUUACCUCCUUCGCCAGUCUAACACAGAUUACUGACUUAUUUCAAUAAAACAAUGCUGGUCAAAUAAAAACUGUGUUUCGAAAAAUACUAUGGCACCUACUCUUUCAACAUCCCUCGAAUCUCCAUGAACGGAGUGAGUGUAUCAUUUUUGAUGCGAAAAGUCGGGAAUGCGAUGAACAACAAGGUGUUACAAACACAAAUAUUACAAUUUUAUUGUUCAGUUAAAAUGCCGAGUAAAAUUAGAUAGCAAAGAAAAACCAAUAAAAACCAACUUUAACUGUCCGAUCGUUAUUAAGAAAUCGAUGAUAAUUCACCGAACGAAAAAGAAAUAUACAUAAAUAAUUCACUCACUAAAAAAAGACAACAACAGCCAACCAACAACAACAUGCCCAAGAUGCCAGCCACAUAUAAUAUCAUUUUAAUAACAUCUUAAGAAAUAAAAUGUCACAUAAAUAACAAAACAGUUUGCAAUAAAGGUGCUUUUUAUUUAUUUUA